GGCUCGGAGAUGCGACGGGAAGCGCUGCGGCUCCGGCAGCGGCGGGAUCCGGCUGACUGGAGGGCGGCGGAGUCGCGAGGCAGUCAGAGGCGGGCGGUGGCGGCGGCUCCUCUCCUCAUUGCGCCAGGAGCAGCUGCAGGCGGCGGCUGGAUCCAGCGGCCAUGGCGGCGGCGGUGGCGGAGGCAGCUCCCUUCAGAUCCCAGGCAGCGGCUCCUCGACUGCUCCCCAUACGCCGGGGACAUGGGAACCCGGCAACCGCUUCCGUCCCUCGGGGCCCCCUCCCCCGUCCACGGCACCAGCGCGGCCGCCCUCCCGCCCCUCGCUUCUGCUCGGUGCCCGCUCAGGAAGCGUCCGCGCUUUGCCCCCAGCCCGGAGCCCUGUCAGCGGCUGCGGGGCCGGCUCCUCCUCGCUUCCUUCCUUCCUUUGUCACUCGGCCCGGGCGGCGGCGGCGGCAGCAGCAGCGGCAGCACAAGCCCGCAUUCGCCCGGGUCGGGGGCUGCUCUGUGUGAGGAGCGCCGUCUGCGCAGCCGCCUAGCUCUUCCCCACUCCCCCUCCCCCCUCCUACUCGUCCGCCGCCUCCUUCCUCCCCCACCCAGCCUUACACCGCCCAGCGCCCCGCCGCCCGCGUAACAGGCGUCUAGGAAUUGCCGGCCGAGCCCCGCGACCGCCCGCUUCGGCUGGGAAGCCGAAGACCGAGCGGAGCCAAUCACGGACGUCGUUUCUUUGCGGCUCCUCCCGGAAAAAGCCGAUGGACCUGAGGAACCAAUUACAAAGUGUCGCUGGAAAUCCACGCCCAAAAAGCGGAAAGUGCCGAAGAUAGCCGAACGAGAAGGACACUGUGCCAGGCCUUACGAAUACAGGAGUGUGAAGAUGAAUAAAAGCCAUUCAGAGAUGACCACUGUCUUGCUGCAUUCCUAGAGGAGCUCUGGUAGAGUGGAGGCGUGUAAACAGACAACACCACCAUGUCAUCUGGCAGCCAAGGACUAGCACGGAGGAGGAGAAGUGUCCCAGAGAUCAUUUUCCAAGUUGUAUUUAAACCAGUGGUCUCCAUAGUUGAGUGUAUGUACCCAGAGGUUGUACAGGAUGAUCCUUUGGAGUGCUACAACUAUUAGAACCUAUUUUUAUGUUAAGAAGUAAGAUAUUAUUUCUCCAGUGGUUAUUUACUGGUAGACACUGGCACCCUCCUCAGUUCCUCUGUCAAAGGAAGAGGUGACACAUGUGACAAUAUCACUAUCCUAAAGGAAGGGGACAAAUCCACAGCCUAGAAGGGGUUGUGAAUACAAGGGGCCCUCCUGCUUUUUUGAAUUUUCAGCAACAUAUGGCACUUUCCUUGUGCUUAAUUAAGUGGAUUUCCAGUCAUAUUAUUUGAAUUUUAACUAAAUUGACUCUCACAGAUUGAAAAUGAUUCCUGCAAAUAAAGUAUUGAUGACAGAUCUUACUAACAGUGCAAGAGUGAGUGAACAAACAGAAGAUGGCGAAGCUGACAUUCUGCUCAUGGUAGGAACUCUUCAUCAGUCACAUGACUAGGCAAAAAUAGUACUGAGCUCACCAAAUUUGACAAGAAGUAGGCCUGAAAAUUUUGAAGUUCUCAAGAACUUUUGAAAAAUGAAGUUACUAUCCACUAUUGUUAAAGUCAAAGCUUACCCUAAGUUUCCAUAUGAUUGAGAUGUAACUAAUGCCAGUGUGAAGCCUCCACAAUUACCAAAAUGUUUAAAGACUAUGCAUCUGGGACAGUGUUAACAAUUUUUGG